AUGUACAGUACUUUGAGAUUCACCUCGUGGCAGCCAUUGGAUUGCAUCUACUGUCAAAUCUCUCACGAACAUAGACUCGAGAGUGUUUACGCAUCAGCUUACGCAGACGCAUGGUGUUAUCGCAUCGUCUGGCUAUUAUCACCCUGUGUUGGAGAUGCGAUCGGCUCUUCGGCAUGGAGUGGUCUGGCCAGCAGCCAUGCGGCACAGAGUAGCGGCAAGGAAGCAAACAUGAGACGGCAUCUUCAACUCAUGCGAGAGGGCUUUUUGCAGAUCAGGAGGAGUGCUUCGUGUACCACUGGCGAUCAAGUGAAGACUCAGACAUCUCAAGCAUCCCUAUCGUCAUCGCAAGAUCUUUGGCAGCAAAGAAGUCAUCACCAGAUCACAGACCUGGCUGACUCUACAGCGCCUGGGAUUUGCUGGAGCGGACCCAAGACCGACGUGCCAAGCCGUUUGACUAUGGAUGCUGGAGCGGCACAAGCAAUCGUUGUCCCGUCGAGUGUAGGAACGAUCGUCAACCAAUACGGAUUUUACCUCGUCUUUCGCGGCCAAGACAUUCCAAGCACUGCUGAGAAGAAUCUUGCGACUUCAUUCGCUCAGUAUUCGGCGAGAGAGGCGAGGAGUUCUGAUUUCUUGCAAGAGUUGGGGCGCGCGGUGGAGAAGGCUAGCAAGACCGGCGGAACAUCGAGACGUUCAGCGACAUGGAGCUCGGUGUAUAGCCCCUUCCAUAGUAUCAGAUGUUGCUCAGAGAUUUGCUGCUGUCGCUCUCCACCUCUUUCCGCAUGUCUCCUGCAAUUGUACGAUAUGGCUCUGAAAGCACAUCAUAUCCAUUGCCUGCUAUUUUACUCCCAUGGCGUAGAUUGUCACCCCCUCAAUGCUCCAAGCCACACUUCCAAUCCGCCGACUGACCACGCCGCUGACUCUCUCACCACCCGAGCAUUGACACCUUUCUUGCCGAACACGUAG